AUGUCUCGUUUAUUGUAGUAUCUGUCUAUUUAUCUAUCUAAAUAUUCUGAAGUAAGAUCAGAUGUUUACCUGAUUGUGAAACGACGUGUGUUAUCCUUGUCUGGGGACUAAGUGAGACACUGUGGGACAGAGACAGGUGAUGAGCCAGCUCCAGACCACGCCCCACCCACGCCGACGCUGGGUUGCGUAGCAACGUGCAAACUUUCAAGAGCAAGGACAUCACUAAACAAACAGAACCACGGACUCCUUCAGUUGUUCUCUUCCUUGUCCCUUGGCGUUUUUUUUUUUUAAUUUUAUUUCAUACCACACACAAUGUCCAAGACACAGGCGAAGAAAAAGAAGUCUUCUUCCAGCAAUGUGUCUGUAGCCGAACGGCAGACAGAAGCCGCCUCCUCUGAGAGCCUCGGAGGCGUGGGGAGAUGCAGAUUCCCCAUUUGGCCUGAGUGGAAUGAUGCAGAAGUCAACAAGGAGAAAUGGGAAGAUGGAAAAUUGAAAGACGGAAAGACUAAGAGUCCCAGUUCUGCAUUCUUUGAAGAUCCAGAGGGGAAACUUUCUCUGCCUGUAUCUUUGAAAGUGCACUCAUGGAAGCGGCCUGCAGAGUUUGUUGUUGACAAGGCUCCUACUGUUGUUGAAAAUCAUGUGACCUUUGACCUGAUCUCCCCCAAUGAUCAUCUGAUUUGUAGUGAGCUGAUGAGGCGGCUCAUCAGUGAGAUCUAUAUCGUUUGGAUGCUCUAUAACAGCACUUCAACAGAACAAGAUGGCUGGAAACCUUGGGAACACAUCUACUCGCUGUGCAAGGUGGCGAAAGGUCAUGUGCCCCUCUACAACAACUAUGGGAAGUACGUGGUCAGACUGUACUGGAUGGGGUGUUGGAGGAGGAUAACAAUAGAUGAUUCUAUGCCAUUUGAUGAAGAAAAUAAAUUGCUUCUACCUGCCUCCACCUGUCAGUCCGAGCUGUGGCCAAUGCUGUUGGCUAAAGCUCUGAUCAAAGUGGCCAGCACAAAUGCAGAGUCAGAUGUCUGUGGGGACAUGAGUGAGUUCACCUUUAUCCACACCCUCACCAGCUGGAUCCCAGAAAUCAGACCGAUAAAGUCAGUGUACCUCGGAAAAAUCUGGGAUCUCUUACAAGACACCAUUCCUUCUUUUACACACCAAGGCAAGUGUUUUCCAGCGCCUGAGCGUGAAGGUGCAGAUGCAGCUGCAGGGAGGGAUUCCACCCUCAAUGGCAGUCAGAGUCCAGAGGAAGGUGAAGGUGGCCCUGAAGUAGUGGUGUGUGCCAGCAACAAGGCCUUUCAACUACAUGGCAAUUCCUUUGAGUACGGCCAAAUGGCUAGCUCCUCUGAAUUUCUGCGUCGUUACGGGCUCUCCUUGCUGUACAGCCAUGUUGUCCUGUUGAGCAGGACCCGUUCAUGCCAACUGGAGGCACCGCCCAGACCUCCACCUGUGCCCCGGUGGAAACUCAUCCGUCAGCGCAAGGAGACGGUGGUUACUUCUGAACCACAACCGCCGCCGUUGUCAAAACCAGAACGGUUCGUUGAGAUUGCCAGCCCUUUUCUCUUCUACAGUGUCAGGGAGAGCAGUUCCUCAGCCCCAGAGCUAGAGAUCAAGCAGAGCGCUUCAAGGAAGAGGUCCUAUGGAUCCCCUCUGGUGUGCAUUACUGAGCGAGAGGAGACUGAAUGCCGAGAAGGCCUUGAGCCUUUUGCAGCUGAACGCACCACGAGCUCACCGAACAGCCCCGACAAAACAGAGGUUACUGCAGAGGACAAGAAGAAGGACACUGAUGACAUCUCCAGUGAUAGGCCCAAAAGUGCAAUGAAAGACCCUGUAACUGAAGAAUCCUCAUCUCUUGCCAAACCCAUGCUUCAGAAUACCUGGGUGGACAUGGAUGACUUUACUAAAUGCUUUCAGUUUCUCUUGCUGUUUCACAAACCACAUAUUUACCCACAUCAGAUAUAUAAAUCUCAUUUUAAGAGCACCGUCUUGUCCAAAACUACCGGAGGCAUCAACGGCAAUCAAUCAUCUACACAGUCUUUUACCAAUGGAUCCCCUGAUGUAGCAAGCCCCGAAUGUCCAGAGGUGAUAGGGACUUACUACCUGUGUGUGGACGGACUGCAGCCUUCCCAGAUCCUCAUCAGCUUCUCUGCUCUUAUUCUCUGGGGAGAGAAGGAAAUGUCAGCAGCGUGCAGGGCUGCGGUUCUCAUCGUCCAGCCACACUCCUGGACAAGUCUGCAGUCUCAGCUGCCAGUUCUCACCAUCAAGACGACCUCCUCAAAGGCAGCUGUGCUUAACUUACCCUCAGGGCGCCAGGUGCUAUGCAUCCGCACCAGAGCAUCACUGGGCUACCAUGUCCACCUGUGCAGCAAGACACCGUUCAUCUUUGGGGAUGAAGAAACCGUCAUGUCACACCUCACGAAGGAAAGUGCUCAUUUCACUGAGCAUGCAUCGUCCAUCUUCAGUGCCUUGUCCACACUGGUGGCUUCCUUUAGUGAUGAGCAGAAACAGCCAGCGCUCAGAAAGACCCUGGAAGAGGCUUACUGUCCUCAAAACAUCAAAACCACUGUGGAAAAGAGGGAACUCCACAAGGUGUUUAACUCAGCAGUUUACCACAUGAUGUCUAAGGCUCUGAACAGGAAGCUGACAGCAGAGGAGCAAUUUGGUGUACAGGCCCUCAUCGCUGACCCUUCCCUCUCAGCCACGGACCCUGAAAUACACCCAAAUACAUACGCAGUGUCAAAUCCUCCAGAAAUGUGGAGAGACAGGCAGCCGACGGACAGAGAGGUCAAGGCAGUCACUACUCUGCAGGCUGCAUUCAAAGGGCACUUCGUGCGAGAGAUCCUUAAUGCCUCAAAACCUGGAACGAAGGAGAACCUCAGUGUGUCCAACAUCCUCUCACAGAUGUGGCCAGUGAUAGAAACCGAUGCAGACAAACAUGCUGCCUCCUUGCUACGGUAUAUCAUUGAAAAUACUGAGAAGAACCUAGAGCUCUACCCCUGUGUACGGGAGGAAUCGACCAGAAUCACCUUUGCUGAUUACUCUGUCUCUCUGCAAGACGCAGCCAACAUCUGGGUCUUGGUCUUUAGAGAGGUGUUCCUUGUUCCUAAGGAGAUGCUGCUGGUUCCAAAAGUCUAUUCCCCGAUCCCUAACUGUGUGCUGCAUGUUGUAAAUAAUGACACAGGAGAAGAGGUGAACACGAUCUUUAGCAACAUAGAACCACAUGUCUAUCAACCCAAUAAGCUCGGUUAUACCUUUGUAGCAGAGGUUGCCAAACCUGAAAUACCCCCUGCUGGUGCCAAGUGGACACUACGGUUAAUUGGCUUAAAGGAACCUCUUCCAAAACUAUCCCGUGAUGCUCCACUCAAUUCAUUCUCAGUGAAGGAAUUCCAGAAUUAUUACAUUCCCAACAACAAAAACCUCAUAUGUCGCUACCGUGUGCAGGUGACAACAGACGUCUUAGGAACGCUUCAGUUUCAAACUUCCAAGCCGGAUGUGUUGAUAUCUUUGUCCAUUCUGGACCAGGAGAACAAAGUGGCUGGCAUCACUGGGAAGGGCCACGUGGUGAUUCCUGCAUUCCACUUUCUGGCUAACAUAGAUGAGAAGACAGUGGAGGGUUCCCAGGGUUCCCCCAUCCAGGACACUUCUCAGAGCAGAGAUGGGGAGGACAGCACAGUUGGAAAAUCAGACGCCUCAUCUGACAAAUACCAGCCUCCCACAGAGACUGUGGUAUCACCGACAACUGUCUGCGUGGGUCAUAAGUAUGUGGUCCAGGCAGAGGUGCUUUAUAAGAGCUGGGAUUUGGAUGAAUCUCAGUUGGCUUUUGUCCGUAUGCUCAAAGACUUAGAGAAGAAUGAGAUGAGAGUAUACAAGCCCGGAGACCUGAAGUCUUCCUCCACUGCUAGCACACCGAGCCUUCAUGGGAACCGGUCUGAGGCACCCAAAACAACACAGAAGGAGACGGGGAAGACAGCUGCCUCAUCCAAAUCUGGCUCCAAGCAGGAAACGAGCUUUGACCUGACAAAGCCCAACUGGACACUGCGUGUUGUCACUGAUAAGACCAGAACAGAGGACAUUGAGGUGAAGAAGGACAACGAGAGAAUAGACAAGAUUAAAGCCCUGAAAAAGGCCUGGGAGAUGGUUGAGCCAGGACGCCAUGAAAGGGCUUCCCAGUCUUAUCUCAGGUUUCUCAACCCAGAUAAAACCGGUGAUGAAGCUGCUACAGUUGAGAACGAAGAAAACCCUGAUGCUUCCAGAUCUCCAUCCAAUCAAAACCUGAGAGAUGCCCCUGUUUUUGGUCCUCACAUGGACUGCAGUCACUUCAUCAGACGGCAACAGGAUGUUCCAGUGCUGAUGGAUUCACAGAUAGAGGAGGCCCAUCGUAGCGAGCGGUUCGAAAAAAUCCAGACGUACCGGUUGGUCCGAGACAAUGUGGUGGACUACCAGAAACAGCAGCUGCUCAACUCCAAAGAACAAAUUAAACAUCAACUUCAGAUGUACGCCAACAUCCAGGCGGCCCGUGAGGAAUUACACAACGCUUGUGAAGCAUUUAGUAGCCGUCAGAUGGCGGCAGCCGUGAAAAGGGAACAAGGAGAGAAGCAGGCACUGGAGGAGGCCCAGGCGGCAGCCGCGGAAGAAACAACUCCCACCUCUGCUGCCACUCAGCAGCCCAGAAAACCUGCCAAGAGUGCUGGCAGAAAGAAAUGAUGGUCACUGGCACCAACAUCCAGUCAGUUUUCAUCAGCAGACACCUCUCAACAAGUCUGUCUGAAUACUGAAAUAUCCUGAUUUAAUUACAGCAUUGUUGCUUCACGAAACAACACUUGUCCAAAAGAUUGAUUGCUGUGAGUGUGCGACGGUAUAUCACUGCUGGCUCUUGCCUUUGGACAAUGUGCAAAGAUAAGGGCUAAUGAAAGUACUAGAUACACGUUAAAUACUAAUUUUACGCGUAAUACUGAUUUUUAAUAUUUCUAAUAUUGUUUAGUUCUUUGUUUAACUAAGACAGUCACACUUUGAGAAUAUGUAUACCCUGCUCCAUAUUACAUUUAGUAGUAUUUUCAUGGCACGCCUGUGUUUUAUCUUUUGUCUCUGACAUGUAAUAAUCUUUGUAGUUUUUGUUCAUUUUUCUUUAGAAUACAUUAAAUUCUACCUUCACUUAAAAAUGCGUCUUGA